UAGAAUUAGGCCGGCCAUAAAGCCAAACCAAGGCGCAUAUUAACAUAUUCAUAUACAACAUUCUAUAAAUAGGUUCAAAGGAGAUCUCGUUGCUCACCCUUCAAUUCAACCACUUCUGGUUCUGCCCACAGACAUGGCCAAAGCCACCAGCUCCCUCCCCCUCCUCCUCCUCCUCUCCAUCUUCUGCGUGGCCGCUGCCGCUGCCUCUGUCUCUGCCCAUACUCCCUCCAAAUCGAGCAAUUCAUUCAUUUUGGGCUCGUGCCGAGAAACCCGGUACCCGGCCCUUUGUCUCAAGUCCCUCUUGCCCUAUGCGUCCGCGAUCCAAACAAGCCCACAAAAACUUGCCCAAACUGCCUUGUCACUGAGCCUGAACCAGGCCAACUCCACCAAGGCUUUUGUUUCAAAGAUGAACAAAAUCAAGGGGCAGAAGAAGCUAGUGCAGGAGGCUCUCAAGGACUGUUUGGAUGAGAUGGAGGACAGCAUGGGCCGGCUCGGGCAAUCGAUCCAAGAGCUCAGGAGCUUGGGCCGGGCUAGCAGCCCAAACUUCCAGUGGCACUUGAGUAAUGUUCAGACUUGGGUCAGUGCCGCUCUCACCGACGACAACACUUGCAUCGAUGGGCUUGCAGGCCCGGCCUACACCGAAAAUGUGAAGAAAGAGGUUAAGUUUCGGGUGGCCAAUGCCGCAAGGGCGACUAGUAAUGCACUGGCAUUGAUUAACCGACUCGGUGGAGAUCAAUGAGCCACCCGUGGCACCGCCGCGAAAUUAUAAUUAUUGGAAUUUUCGUGUUUUUUGCGGACUGGCUUUUAAAUUUUCAUACAUUUACUGAGCGUAAAUGGAUCAAAACUACUGUUAAUGUAGCUGUUGUGGUAGCUCAGGAUCACCCAAAAAUCUCCUAGUAGAUAUAUAUAAAUGGUGCUACGAAAAAUAAUGUGCAAUUUUAGAGGCAUUGUACUUUUGUUGAUCUUGUUUGGGAUGGUUUGAGUGAAGAUCUUCUAGAAUUUCCAUUUCUA